AUGAGUCCAUUGUUACCGCGGGCUGUCGCAAGUGCAUCUACCCGAAUCCAUCUCACCAAUCCACGUGCGGUAUUUAGAGGCCAUCCCGCUCUCGUAUCCAACGCCGUGUUCGUCUCUCUUGGCCAGAAUACGCAACACCGAGGGAAUUGCCAUAUAUCGCUCAUCCGCCCAGCAGCCACCAUCUCCUCGCCAGUUACUUCGAAAACAAAAGGAAAUCGGAGAACAGUAGCGUCGGCAGCAAUGUCUACCAAUCUCAUCGAGUCUGCUAAGCGGGCCGCGUGUCGGCAGGCCGUGACCAACCAUUUUAGCCCGGACUUUACCUACGUCGGCAUCGGGAGUGGUAGCACGGUGGCUUAUGUGGUAGAAGCAAUCGCGGAGCUGGGGCCGUCCGUUACCGGCAAGAUGAAGUUCGUGCCGACGGGAUCGGGCUCGACAGCGCUGAUCCACAACUCGGGGCUCUCGGUGCUGCAGGUGCCGGACCUCCUGCUAGAAAUAGGCUUUAACCCCGGAUCCGCAGACCACCAACCCAUCGAUAUCUACUUCGACGGCGCGGACGAGGUCGACGCCGAGCUUAACUGCAUCAAGGGCGGCGGUGCUUGUCACUUUCAAGAGAAGCUUGUUUCUCGCCUAUCCAAGUCUUUCAUCUGCGUCGCCGAUAGCCGCAAGAAGGUCGACCGUCUCCUGACUAACUGGACAUACAUCCCUGUUGAAGUAUCCCCUAUGGGAGGCGAGUACGUGCGCCGCGAGCUAUUGCGUCUGGGCAGCACCGAUCCCAAAAUUCGGACUUCGGGCCCUACCUUCAUCCGCACAAUCACGGAUAACCACAACCACAUCAUCGAUGCGCCGUUCCCGACGCUAUUGCUAAAUAGCGAGACCGAUAAGUUGGACCCUGCUAAGGGACUCUGGACGCCGGAUGCUUUGCUGGCGCGGAUUAAGAAGAUCUUCGGCGUUCUCGAGGUGGGCAUUUUCUCCGGACUGAAUGGUCCGCAGGUAGCACAGUUGGGCACGGAUAUAGAAGGAGUGAAGCCUGUAAAGGCAUACUUCGGCAUGCCAGACGGUAAUGUAGAGACGUUAGGUUAA